AGACCGCGCACGCGCACCAACCCACCAGACUUCCACGCGACAUGGGCAAACAGAACAGCAAGCUGAAGCCCGAAGUGCUCCACGAUCUUCGCGAGGAGACCGAAUUCAACGACCACGAACUGCAAGAGUGGUACAAAGGCUUUCUCAAGGACUGCCCGAGCGGCCAUCUCACCGUCGAAGAAUUCAAGAAGAUCUACGGCAACUUCUUUCCAUACGGCGACGCGUCAAAGUUUGCCGAACACGUUUUUCGCACGUUCGACGCCAACAGCGACGGCACAAUCGAUUUCCGCGAGUUUAUCUGCGCCCUCUCAGUCACGUCGCGCGGGAAACUCGAACAGAAGCUCAAGUGGGCAUUCAGUAUGUACGACCUAGAUGGCAACGGAUACAUCAGCCGGGCUGAGAUGCUGGAGAUUGUGCAGGCGAUUUAUAAGAUGGUUGGCACGGUGAUGAAGAUGCCUGAAGACGAGUCGACACCAGAGAGACGCGUGGACAAGAUCUUUCGUCAGAUGGAUAAGAAUUUGGAUGGCAAGUUGAGCUUGGCGGAGUUCAUCGAAGGCGCCAAGAGCGACCCGUCGAUUGUCCGGUUGCUGCAGUGUGACCCAUCGACGGGCGGCGAGUAGAGAUGUCGGUGGGAGACUAGGGGAGAUUGGGAUUCUAGAGACGUAUUGAAUUCCGGUGCUACAAUGUCGCUAUUUACUGUUAGUGCGCCUCUGUGUGUCGUAGGAUAGAUCGGAUCACGUGACCGGCUGUAGUUUCAUUUUGCUGUGGGGGAGCGUUCGCUCGUGGUGUGUGUGUGUGUGUGUAAGUGACGAGGAAGAUAGGUUUUAGUAUAUGCAUACAAUGUGUGAAUGGAAUGAUUGCUUUA